AAACUGAGGCGUCAACAGCGUUGGACAUUUUUUGCAGUGUGCGCGGCUUUCCCACUCUGCGUUCGUUUGAAAAACUCUCGACACGCGAAAGGAGAUGUCCACGAUGUUCACAUCUUGACCGGAUCAGGUUUUUUUUAUCAAAGUGAUAAAUCGUCCCAAACUUUUUCUGGCACUUGCUGCCGGCAGAUCUCGGGCUUUGCGCAUGUGCGAAGGUGUCCAGACUGACAAUGCAGGAGAGAUAGCGCGUUUGGAUUGAGAAACCCAGAGAAAAAGGACAGAGAAAAAACAAAAAGGAGGAAAAAAGAUCCGAGAAAAAAUCCAAACAAAACCCACGCCGAGAGACGGGCACCAUGAGGUCCAAAGGCAGGGCACGGAAACUGGCCACGAGUGAUGGUGACGAUGAGUUUGCCCUCCACCCGUCUGACAUCUUAGAUGAUGUAUGUGGCUCCGAGGGGGAUCCCACACCUUCCUUGGCCCUGGCAGAGGACCCAGUGUCCCCUCUGCUCUCUGAUGAUGAUGCCUCACCCCAGGACCUCUUGUCAUACCAACACCCAAGCAUCUUUUUACCCCACGAAGAUUUGCCCAUCCCCCUGGACUUUGAACUGCGAGAGUCAACAGUUCCGGGCGGAGGCUUUGGCAUCUGGAGUCGCAGGAGGGUAAACGUCGGGGAGCGCUUUGGACCAUAUGAAGGAGAGCACAUGCCUUGUCUCCAUGAUCCUACUCAAGGCUGGGAGGUAGGAACAUAUUGA